AUGUCGACGAGAGGGGACGAGGCGAGGCAGGCGACGGUGAAGAUCAUCGAGACGGUGCACGUGGAGGCGGACCGGUAUAGCUUCAAGUCGAUCGUCCAGAGGCUCACCGGCAGGGAUGCGGUGGUCGGCGACUAUUCGGAAGGGCCCGAGCGUAGAUCAAAAUCAAAUGAAGAGGCGGCUCAGCGGGCUGCUGGGCAUGUGAGCAACCAAGCGAGCAAGCCCAUCGCUGAUCGCCACUCGUGCAAAGACGAGAGCUGUUGA